CGCAUAUUGAGUAUUUAAAGCAGUGGGGAAGUAACUAGAACAUGAUUGCUGAUAAGGUUUGGGCUGUUUGGAGAAACAACAAACCUGUUAUCAUAACGUUGAAUUGUUUUCAAUUACACAGUCAAUAGAAUGAUUUUAACUAUAAAACCACUUCAAGGGAAGGAGUGCAAUGUACAGGUCACAGAAGAUGAAAAAGUCUCCAUGGUGAAAGAACUAGUGUCGAAACGUCUGAACAUACCUGCAAAUCAGCAGCGAUUGCUUUACAAGGGGAAAGCCCUUGCAGAUGAACACAGAUUGAGCGAUUAUUCCAUUGGGCCAGAGGCCAAGUUAAACUUGGUGGUUCGUCCAGCAGGGGAGAGGAGUGGGAUGGCUAGCAGUAGCAGUGCGAUCAACGGAGUGUGGCAGACUCUGUCCACUGUACUGGCGAAACACUUCAGCCCUGCAGAUGCAGCUAAAGUCCAAGAACAGUUAAUCAAGGAUUAUGAACGUUCACUUCGGCAACUCAGUCUGGAUGACAUUGAGCGCCUGGCCGGGCGACUGCUUCACCCAGACAGUGAGGGCAUGGACACAUCGUACAUGGAUUGAAAACCUGCCUGUCUGACUUGACGGUAUUCUGGCGAUUCAGAGGAGCAGUGGGUAAAUUUUAAAAGAGCAAGGCAGGGAAGAUGGUGUUAAUUGACUUUCAUGCUAAGAAUCCAUGGUCGGCCUGAUAAAGGUUUUAUUGUACAGGGAUAACAUAAAAGGUUGACUAUAGUGUAGCUGCAAAGCAUUCAGAUCACAGCCUGUCUUAAUGAUACUUUUCUUUGUUUUCUCCAGACAUUCCUGUACAAUUUAAUAGGAUAUUUUCACUUGAUCAAAUCAGACUGAAACAAGAGCCAAUACCUUUUGACUGUUGGUCUAAAAUGAUCACUGAGUAAUUAUGGAAGUUCUUAUUUAUAAGCAAUGUGUUGUAAAUGAAUGAUAGUUUACAGAAAACACACACUGUAAGGUUAGUUCUAGUUAAUGUUGAUCAGUGCAGUCAUUGUAUGAUGUAUAUAUUGUUUAUACAAGCAUUUAAAAAAAUUGACUGUUUUCCCUAAAUUUCAAGUACUCACUUGGUCUAGGCCUAGCAUAAUUUUUAACUGAAUAAAGCACAAUCUACCUCAAAUAGUA